UUUUUCCAGUAAAUAAAUUUUUAAAUAACCAAAUGAAAACUACUGAUACAACUAAUACAGUAAGCAGUAAAAAUUGUUUAUAUUGCAAUAAACCUUUUACUAAGGAAUUAUGGUGUAAAAGUUGUAUUAACUCUUUAGAAAAACUAGCAGAAAAUGAUGAUGAAGAAGCAAUGUUUUAUUUGGCCAAUAUGUAUUAUAAUGGAGAAGAAACAGAAAAGGAUAUAGAAAUAGUCCUUCAUUGGUAUAAAGAAGCGUCAGAAAAUGGUCAUACUGGUGCAAUGUUUAAUUUAAUCAAUGGGUAUUAUAUUGGAGAAGGAACAGAAAAAAAUUUAGAUAAAGCUUUUCAUUGGUAUCAAAAAGCGGCAGAAAAUGGUCAUACCGGUGCAAUGUUUAAAUUAGCUAUACAUUAUGAAAAUGGGGAAGGAACGGAAAAGAAUUUAGAAAAGGCUUUUUAUUGGUAUCAAAAGGCAGCAGAAAAUGGUUAUUCUGGUGCAAUGUUUAAUUUAGCAAAUGGGUAUUUUAACGGAGAAGGAACAGAAAAGAAUUUAGAAAAAGCCUUUCAUUGGUAUCAAAAAGCAGCAGAAAAUGAUUAUACUGGUGCAAUGAAUAAUUUAGCCAAUAGAUAUUAUAAUGGAGAAGGAACAGAGAAAAAUUUAAAAAAAGCUUUUCAUUGGUACCAAAAAGCAGCAGUAAAUGGUGAAGAAAAUGCAAUGUUUAAUUUAGCCAAUGGGUAUUAUAAUGGAGAAGGAAUAGAAAAGAAUUUAGAAAAGGCUUUUCAUUGGUAUCAAAAAGCAGCAGAAAAUGGUCAUACUGGUGCAAUGAAUAAUUUAGCUAUAAAUUAUGAAAAUGGAGAAGGAACAAAAAAGAAUUUAGAAAAAGCCUUUCAUUGGUUUCAAAAAGCAGUAGAAAAUGGUGAAGAAAAUGCAAUGUUUAAUUUAGCCUAUGGGUAUUAUAAUGGAGAAGGAACAGAAAAGAAUUUAGAAAAAGCCUUUUAUUGGUAUCAAAAAGCUGCAGAAAAUGGUUAUAUUAGUUCAAUGUUUAAUUUAGCCAAUGGGUAUUAUAAUGGAGAAGGAACAGAAAAGAAUUUAGAAAAAGCUUUUCAAUGGUAUCAAAAAGCAGCAGAAAAUGGUUAUACUAGUGCAAUGUUUAAUUUAGCAAAUGGGUAUUAUAAUGGAGAAGGAACAGAAAAAAAUUUAGAAAAAGCUUUUCAUUGGUAUCAAAAAGCAGCAGUAAAUGGUGAAGAAAUUGCAAUGAAUGAUUUAGCCAAUUUGUAUUAUAAUGGAGAAGGAAUAGAAAAGAAUUUAGAAAAAGCUUUUCAAUGGUAUCAAAAAGCAGCAAAAAAUGAUAAUAAAGAUGCAAUGAUUAAUUUAUUCACAUGUUAUGAAAAUGGAGAAGGAACAGAAAAGAAUUUAGAGAAAGCAUUUUAUUGGUAUCAAAAAGCAGCAGAAAAUGAAGUUAGAUUAGAAUGUAAUGAAUGCAAGCAACCAUACAUUGAUUACAAGUGGUGCCAGCAAUGUAAUACUAAACGAUUUCAACAAGAUUUUUCUAAAUGGACUAGUAAAAAUGAAUUUGUUGAUAAAUUUAUUCAAGAGGCACAAUUAAAUGCUAAAAAUAGUUAUGAAUUUUUAGAGUGGAUACCUUAUAAUAAAUUGUCAGAAAUCAAUUAUUAUGAUAAAGGAGGAUUUAGUGAAAUUCAUAAAGCUAUCUGGUUAGAUGGACCUAUUUAUAAUUGGAGCUUUAACAAACAACAAUGGAAUAGAUGUAAUUUUCAAGCAGGUUAUGAGGUUAUUCUUAAAACACUUAAUAGUUCAUCAAACUUAGAUAGUAAAUUUCUGGAUGAGGUAUAUUAUUUAUAUUUAGUAGCAAUUUUAUUUUUUUAUGCAAAUGUUUAA